CCUAGAGUGGGUCAUCGUGUCUUUGGAUUUGGAGGGGCAACUCCAACUUUCAAGUCGCCGAAUUUAGAGAGGCAGCGAACGAGGAAACGGGCAAGAUCUAUAGGGAUACAAGGCAGAAUAGUAAAGGACUAUACCCUCACGCACGAUUCACAACUACAAGUCCAAUUCUAUCAACAAUGGAACACCUCAAGAUGACCACUCCAACGGAGUCCCUCCGCUUCGCAGAUGUAGCCGUCACCUACACAGCGGACCAAUUCCAGGGCAUCUACCGUGGCAAACAAUACCACGCCCCGGACUUUGCCCAAGUGAUCAAGCGCGCACACGACUACAACUGCCCCAAAAUGAUGUUGACGACCAUGACCCUGCCCGGCGCAUACCAGAAUCUCGAAGCCUGCCGGCAGCAUCCUGAGACAUGUACGAUGACACUAGGUGUACACCCGUACCACGUCAACGACAUCUACGCCAAAGAGCCGGAAACUGAAUCGGGGCCAGAGUCGGGGUCGUACCUGCAGCGCCUGAGACAGUUCGGACAGGACCUGCUCAAGGAGAAUCCCUCGCCGCUCGUUGCAUUCGGGGAAAUAGGGCUCGAUUACGCGCGUCUCGAGCUGGCGGAUAAGGAGACGCAACAGCGCGCAUUCCGCGACCAACUCGAUCUCGCCGUCGAAUUCCAGCUCCCGCUCUUCCUCCACGCGCGCGACGCCUGUCAAGACUUCAUCGACAUCCUCACUCCCUACCUCCCUAAACUGCCCCGCGGCGGCCUCGUGCACUCGUUCGCUGGCACAAAAGCCGAGAUGCUUUCGCUCGUCAAUCUCGGCCUGGAUAUCAGCGUAAAUGGCGUCUGUUUCCGGACGGACGAGCACUUGGAAAUGGUGCGCGCGAUCCCGUUGGAGAGGUUACAGUUGGAGACUGAUGCGCCGUGGUGUGAGGUUGUUGUUGAUGAUGCGCGGAUCAGUGGGUUCUUGGAGGGGGUUAGGGCGAUGCCGGGGGCGAGGAAGCAUGGGAAGUUUGUGAGUGGGCAGAUGGUGAAGGGGCGGAAUGAGAGUUGUACGAUUGAGUUGGUCGCGAGGGUUGUGGCGGGGUUGAAGGGGGUUGAGGUCGGAGAGGUUGCAGAGGCGGCUUGGGGCAAUAGUGUCAGGAUGUUUGGGCUGGGCGUUGAUGAAUAGAGUGUAGAUAUAGAAUAGAUUGUGGCUUUUGUGUAGGGCUUGGGUUAUAAGCAUGAAUUUGGUAGAUGCAUAGAAAUUGGUGCAUGUAAGCAAGGCAAGAAAGAGCCAAAGAGAGUCAUGUUCAUGACUCAUUGAAGUGUUCUAGAGCCUGGAUAUCCUCCAAGUAAACUAUUGAAGCUACAUAGUAGAUGUAUAUGAGUUGAAAGAAAACGGGUA